UAGAAAGGUUGACACCCCACUUUGAUAUUUAUCUUUGCUCAUAUGAGCUUGUAGCCUACUGGACCCGCACUGCGAGCUUUGGUUUUAAGGAGCACCCAGCAAGCCGAAAAACAACAACGACAUCGCACCCCACUGAGAGGACGGUAGCAUGAUAGUCGUGGAGGGGAAUCGGCGGAAGACGGCCCGUGUCUGUAUUUUACUUCGCCUGCACCGAAUCCAUUGAGUCGGUAACCACCAGUGUCCGACAUGGGGAAGGAGGUAAACGGUGUUUCGCGGAGUCGGUUUGAGAUGUUCACAAAUAGUGAUGAGGCGGUCAUCAAUAAGAAGCUGCCCAAGGAGCUGUUAUUACGAAUCUUCUCCUUUCUGGAUGUGGUGACACUCUGUCGCUGUGCCCAGGUCUCACGGUCCUGGAACGUUCUGGCCUUGGAUGGCAGCAACUGGCAACGCAUCGACCUCUUCGACUUUCAGAGGGACAUUGAGGGCCGGGUGGUGGAGAACAUCUCGAAGCGAUGUGGUGGGUUCCUCAGGAAGCUGAGCCUGCGGGGGUGUCUGGGUGUGGGUGACAGCGCCCUGAGGACUUUCUCGCAGAACUGCAGGAACAUCGAGCUGCUUAGUCUGAACGGCUGCACCAAAAUCACUGACAGCACGUGUAAUAGCCUCAGUAAGUUCUGUCCAAAGCUGAAGCACCUGGACCUCGCCUCCUGUACCUCAAUCACCAACCUGUCACUCAAAGCUCUCAGUGAGGGCUGUCCCCUGCUGGAGCAGCUCAACAUCUCCUGGUGUGAUCAGGUCACCAAGGACGGCAUCCAGGCCCUGGUGCGCUGCUGUCCUGGGCUCAAAGGCCUUUUCCUCAAGGGAUGCACACAGUUAGAGGACGAGGCUCUGAAGCACAUCGGGGCUCACUGUCCGGAGCUGGUCACACUAAACCUGCAGACAUGUUCACAGAUCACAGAUGAGGGCCUCAUCACAAUCUGCAGGGGCAGUCACCGCCUGCAGUCUCUGUGUGUGUCGGGCUGCGCCAACAUCACAGACGCCAUCCUGCACGCCCUGGGACAGAACUGCCCUCGCCUCAGAAUACUAGAAGUGGCUCGCUGCUCUCAGCUUACAGACGUGGGCUUCACUACAUUAGCAAGGAAUUGUCAUGAGCUUGAGAAAAUGGAUUUAGAAGAAUGUGUGCAGAUCACGGAUGGAACACUCAUCCAGCUGUCUAUCCACUGUCCUCGUUUGCAAGUCCUGAGCCUGUCUCACUGCGAGCUGAUCACGGAUGACGGCAUCAGACACCUGGGCGGCGGCCCCUGCGCUCACGACCGCUUGGAGGUGAUCGAGCUGGACAACUGCCCCCUCAUCACAGACGCCUCGCUGGAGCACCUGAAGAGCUGCCACAGUCUGGACCGCAUCGAGCUCUACGACUGCCAGCAGAUCACCCGCGCAGGCAUCAAGAGACUAAGGACCCAUCUGCCUAACAUCAAAGUGCAUGCGUACUUUGCCCCCGUCACUCCGCCCCCCUCCGUCGGGGGCAGCCGUCAGAGGUUUUGCCGCUGUUGCGUCCUGCUAUGAUGUAAAGACAACAUCCCCCCCCCCUUCCCAUUCCCUCGAACACGCUCCCCGCAGCUCGUCACUUGACCCCUGACCUGCUGUCCUCCUCCUGGCACCCCGUCAGAGUACGUGCUGGUGUGCCCCCCCCGCCCCACCACCCUUUUGAGCUGCAGAGAGAGGGAGAGAGCCGAAACACUCUACAAGAUCUUGGGUAACUUUCCCCCAAAAAACAUUCCCCAAUCUCUCCUCAAACACAAAUACAGGUCAUGCACAGCUGACUCUCCGAUGUGCACACACACAUUUAAACACACAGAUUUACUCUUCGAAGAAUGUCACAACAUUCCUGGUCUGUGAUCAGUGGACAAACCACUAUUACAAAGAGGGUUAUAUCAAAUACAAUGCGGUCCCUACUGUUCAAGGGUUUUAACUCUCAAUCAUAUAAAGUAAAUAAUAAUAUUCAAAUCCAAAAACCGUCGUUCUGUAUUUGAGAAGAGUGAUACUACUUAUUUAGCACUUUGAGACAGAUUACAGUCAUAGCCUUUAAACAGAAAAUUGAAAAAGCUCUCUUAACCUCUCACAAAUCCUUCCCUCAGUGUUAACAGCUACCUCUAGACGGGAACUGCACUUGAGUAGAUCCCGUGUUAGCUUUGUUCUGCAGUUUAUGUCGAAAAGAGCAGCGAUGCAGCUAGUAAACUGCCGACACCUCCAACACACACAUAGAAAGCAGCAGAAAGCCUAUUUUUGUGAUUUAAAAAAAAGACUUGCAGCUAUUUGCACUUACAGUAAAGCAAGGAUGAGACACUUUAAAAAGAUGACCAUCUCAGACUGUCAUUCUACUAACAACACACACAACUACAAAUCUCCAUGCAAACACUGAGCUUGCUACACCCGUACCCUCGCCUCUCUCUGUCUCUCUGUUACAAUCAGAUGCUUCAAUAUACUGAAGAGGAAAAAAGACAAAGUUUAAUAUUUUUCUAAAAAUGGACCCCAAUUAAGACUCACAAGUUGGGUCUCGAAAAGAUGCCAAAUGUUGCAUGUAACACCUCUAGUUUUUUAAAAUCGAAUUGUAAAUAUAUUUGGACUGCGGAGUCCGAGAGUCAAAGCCAGCUAAACGACAGAUGAUGUUAUGAGGUCAGGGCAGAGGUUUCUGUCAGUGGGUCUUUCCGAGGGAACUAUGGCGACGCUCACACAUGCUGGGUAAAGUGUCUUCGAGAUAUGUGCUGGCGCUUAAUGGACCAUCAAAAUGAGCCGUCACUUAAUCUGGAGUUUGACAGAAGAACUGACUGUGACUGGACUCUGAAAGAUUCUGUCAACAGCAGAAACAGACGCUCUUUUGACUGGAGAAAAAAAAAAGUCUGACAUUCAUGUUGUCAGACGAGAAGAAUGGAAAGAAAAGGCCAACUGAAAACAAUCCAAGUACGUUUAUUUUCAGUAAGUUUGAUUUCAUUUAGUUGAUCUUGUUUUUGCAUUGGUGACGAUUCUGAUGACGAGGAAGUGGUGUGCAGCGGUGACGGGAUGCAUCGGGGACUUUUCGCCUCCCAUGAGGACUUGCAGCGUGUGACACCCUGCCAGCUGUGACGCUGCCCGAUGUAUAGACCAGAUCAGUCACUGAAGGAGGAAGUCAACUGAAUCUUGAGCGCACAAUUCUGGCCUACUGACAGAUAUGAUAGAAUGAUUUUUGUCUCAUCGGAGGGCGAUAAUGGACUUCGGAGCCACGCCCUAUGAAGUAUUGAAGCCUUUUUCUUAUGGAUUAUCUUCUCCUGCACUUGCACCUGCUUUAUUCUGUCUCAUUUUCUUCCAAUUUUCUUUUUAUAAAUGUGUCUUUUACUGCUUUUCUUUCUGAUUUCCUCCACCUUUUUUUUUCUCUUCUUUCGCAGUUCUGUUUUGGUGUGGUUUGGAUUGCGCCUGCUUUGUGUUUGAAGUCAUGAGUUCAGUGUCUCCAAGUUGAGUUUGAGCCCUCUUCCAGUCCUCAGUUUUGAUCUGAUGGUGUUUGUGUUUUUAUUCAGAGUUUAUUGUUACUAAAUGUCCAGAGUGUAGCCUUUGUCUAGGGGAAGUGUUGGAGCCAGUGCAAUUGUAAUAAAUGUUCAAAUCUGA